GGAGCGCUGAUAAAGACAGUCCAGCAGGCAGUGGCGAGUGGAGACAGGCUGAGCGGCAGGUCUCCGGGGAAUGAAUGGAUCUUCUCCAGCUCUGAUGAAAGAAACACACGCUCCAGGAAAACAAUGUCCAACAGGGCACUGCGAAGAUCUGUCCUGCUGUCAGCGCUUGUUCUGCUGCGAGCCGUUACCGGAUUCUCUGGAGACGGGAAAGCCAUGUGGCUUAAAAAACAUUACGUGAGUCCGGUAAAUGCAAGUCAGCUGUUCCUCUAUGACACUUUCCCUAAAAACUUUUUCUGGGGCGUCGGGACCGGAGCGUUUCAGGUGGAAGGGAGUCGGCAGGCAGAUGGAAGAGGACCCUCGAUCUGGGAUCGUUUCGUCCGCGCACGCCUGGAGGGUGUCAACAGCACAGAGAGGUCCGCUGACAGUUACGUUUUUCUGGAAAAAGACUUGACGGCUCUGGAUUUUUUGGGAGUUUCUUUUUACCAGUUCUCAAUCUCCUGGCCACGGCUGUUCCCCAGUGGAACGGCAGGAGCGGUGAACGAGAAAGGUCUCCGGCACUACAAUGCGCUUCUGGACGCUCUGCUACUCCGGGGUAUUGAGCCGGUCGUUACCUUAUACCACUGGGACUUGCCUUUGGCGCUGCAGGAGGAAUAUGGGGGCUGGAAAAAUGCGACUAUGGUAGAGCUCUUCAACGACUAUGCCACGUUCUGCUUCCAGACCUUUGGAGACCGUGUCAAGUACUGGAUUACAAUUCACAACCCUUACCUUGUUGCUUGGCAUGGGUUUGGCACAGGUAUGCAUGCGCCAGGAGAGAAGGGAAAUUUAGCAGCUGUCUACACUGUGGGACACAACCUGAUCAAGGCUCAUUCAAAAGUGUGGCAUAACUACAACAAGAACUUUCGCCCUCAUCAGAAGGGCUGGCUGUCCAUCACCUUGGGGUCCCACUGGGUAGAACCAAACAGAGCAGAACACAUGGAGGAUGUGACCAACUGCCAACACUCCAUGUCUUCUGUGCUUGGCUGGUUCGCCAACCCCAUCCAUGGGGAUGGCGAAUACCCCGAGGUUGUGAAGACAAGAUCCAUGGCACCUGUGUUUUCUGAGGCAGAGAAGGAGGAGGUGAGAGGCACAGCUGACUUCUUUGCCUUUUCCUUCGGGCCCAACAACUUCAGGCCCCCGAACACCGUGAUGAAAAUGGGACAGAAUGUAUCACUCAACUUAAGACAGGUGCUGAAUUGGAUUAAACUAGAAUAUGACAACCCUCGUAUCUUGAUUUCGGAGAACGGCUGGUUCACAGAUAGUUAUAUAAAGACAGAGGACACCACGGCCAUCUACAUGAUGAAGAAUUUCCUCAACCAGGUUCUGCAAGCAAUUAAGUUUGAUGAGGUACGAGUUUUUGGUUAUACAGCCUGGACUCUCCUGGACGGCUUUGAAUGGCAGGAUGCCUACACUACUCGACGCGGGCUGUUUUAUGUGGAUUUUAACAGCGAGCAGAAAGAAAGGAAGCCCAAGUCCUCGGCACAUUACUACAAACAGAUCAUACAGGAAAACGGUUUCCCUUCGAAAGAGUCCACGCCAGACAUGCAGGGCCAGUUUCCCUGUGACUUCUCCUGGGGAGUCACUGAGUCUGUUCUUAAGCCGGAGUUUAUGGUUUCCUCACCACAGUUUACUGAUCCUCACCUGUAUGUGUGGAAUGCCACUGGCAACAGAUUGCUACAUCCAGUGGAAGGGGUAAGGCUAAAAACAAGACCAUCUGAAUGCACAGAUUAUGUGAGCAUCAAAAAACGAGUUGAAAUGUUGGUAAAAAUGAAAGUCACCCAUUACCAGUUCGCUCUGGACUGGACCGCUAUCCUUCCCACUGGCAAUCUGUCUAAAGUUAAUAGACAAGUGCUAAGGUACUAUAGAUGUAUGGUGAGCGAAGGGCUGAAGCUGGGCGUCUCCCCCAUGGUGACGUUGUACCACCCGACCCACUCCCAUCUAGGCCUCCCCAUGCCACUUCUGAGCAGUGGGGGAUGGCUAAACUCAUAUACCACCAAGGCCUUCCAGGAUUACGCAGGACUGUGCUUCCAGGAGCUGGGGGACUUGGUGAAGCUCUGGAUCACCAUCAACGAGCCCAACAGACUGAGUGACAUGUACAACCGCACGAGUAAUGACACCUACCGUGCAGCCCACAACCUGAUGAUUGCCCAUGCCCACGUCUGGCACCUCUAUGACAGGCAGUAUAGGCCAGUCCAGCGUGGGGCUGUGUCGCUGUCCCUACAUUCCGACUGGGCGGAACCUGCCAACCCCUAUGUGGAUUCACACUGGAAGGCAGCUGAGCGCUUCCUCCAGUUUGAGAUCGCCUGGUUUGCAGAUCCACUCUUCAAGACUGGUGACUACCCGUUGGCCAUGAAGGAGUACAUUGCCUCCAAGAACCAGCGAGGGCUGUCCAGCUCAGUCCUGCCCCGCUUCACCGCGAAGGAGAGCAGGCUGGUGAAGGGCACCAUCGACUUCUACGCACUGAACCACUUCACUACUAGGUUCGUGAUACACAAGCCCCUGAAUGGCAACUACUCUGCUGCAGACAGGGACAUCCAGUUCCUGCAGGACAUCACUCGCCUGAGCUCCCCCGGUCGCCUGGCCGUAACGCCCUGGGGAGUGCGCAAGCUGCUUGGGUGGAUCCAGAGGAACUAUGGGGACAUGGACAUCUAUAUUACAGCCAACGGCAUUGAUGAUCUGGCUCUGGAGAAUGAUCAGAUCCGAAAGUACUACUUGGAGAAAUACAUCCAGGAGGCUCUGAAAGCAUACCUUAUUGACAAGGUCAAAAUCAAAGGCUAUUAUGCAUUCAAACUGACUGAAGAGAAGUCUAAGCCUAGAUUUGGAUUUUUCACAUCUGACUUCAAAGCUAAGUCCUCUGUGCAGCUUUAUAGCAAGCUCAUCAGCAGCAGUGGAUUCCCCCCUGAGAACAGCAGUUCUGCAUGCCGUCAGCCUCCAGAAGACACAGAGUGCGCCAUCUGCUCGUUUCUAGAGCAGAAGAGGGCACUAGUCUUCUUCGGUUGUUGCUUCAUCUCCACUCUGGCUCUAUUGCUAUCAAUCACCAUCUUUCAUCAUCGAAAGAGAAGAACAUUUCGGAAAGCAAGGAACUUACAAACUAUACCGUUAAAGAAAGGCCAAAGCAGAGUUCUUAGCUAACCUAUUGUUUCUGUCAUAAAGAGUCACUCCAGUUCCACAUACUGGUAAUGUACAAUCUGAGAGACAGCUGUAACUAAGGUGAUGACAAUCGAUGCCUUUGCAGUGUGGUUCAAAUCAUUCCCUUAGGGACUGACAAUCAGUGACUUCAGUUCUGUGAGCUGAAGGUUUCAUCCUGACUGUCACUGCGGGCAUGACCCCAAACACUGCUUCAGGAAGUGUAAAACACUGUUUCACAUAAUUUUUCUCUAGCUUUCUUCUGUAAAUAGCAAUCACCAUUCAUGGUAAAGGAACUGAUUUUAAAAGGUGAAAUUGUUGUUUUAGACUUCAUAGUUUAAAGCUAUUUUUGUUGUUGUUUUGAGACAGGGUUUAUUACGUAGCUCUGGCUGUCCUGGAAUUCACUAUGUAGACCAGGCUGGCCUUGAACUCACAAAGACCCACCUGCCUCAGUCUUUUGAGUGCCGCGAUUAAAGGUGUGCAUCCCCAUGUCUGGCUAAAACUAUUCUUUAAACUGGACAGUUAGUGACAUAUUCUGUCACUUCUAUCAAGGUGCUCUCUGUUUAGGUUAGGGCAGGCCUCAGACGGAAUGUAGAGACAACAGGAUUUCACAUCAUGAGUUAAACAAGUGGAUUUACAUCAUGGAUAUAGGCAGUUAAAAGCAUAGGAUUUAAAACACACCAAGUUUAGCUUGCCUUAAAAAAAAAAAAAAAGGCAGGCACUUCUUAAACAUCCAAACUUCUGAGCUCUCUUACUGGACUUCUGAUUUUUUUUUUGUGUGUGUGUGGGGGGGGUGUCAAGACAGGGUUUCUCUGUGUAGCCCUGGAGACCACAGGCUGUCCGGAACUUAUUCUGUAGACCAGGCUAAUCUUGAACUCAGGGAGCCACCUACAUUUGCCUGCCAACCGAUCAGAUGAAAGCCAUGUGCCACCUCACCCAGCUUGGACUUGAUUUCUUUUGUUUUCGGAGACAGGGUUUCACUGUGUAUCAAGUCCUGCCUGUCCUGGACUCACUUUGUAGACAAGGCUGGUCUCAAACUCAGAGAUCUGCUUGCCUCUGCCUCCUGUGUGCUGGGCUUAAAGGUGUGCACCACCACUGCUCGGCAGGCUUCUGAACUCAUGCAGAGGGAAGAUGACAGGAUGAAGGGCAACUAGACCAAGUAUCUGCGAAGACAAGUUCAUGUUGUAGCUUUACAGUACAGCAAUUCCCAUUUUAAAAUAAACUGGUAUUACUCUUAUUAUCCUGAUUUUUUUUUUUUUGAAGUGACAAGAUUUGGCACACUUAGGAAAAUUUCAAAGAUACAGCCAUUAUUCAUAGAGUCCUUCUCUGUCCCCCAGAGCUUCCUUACAAUCAGCACUAACUUUUACAAAUAUAUCAUACAAAGAGACAGCACAUGACAAAGUGAGAGGGCUGGAGAGAUGAGUGGUUAAGAAAACUGUCUGCUCAUCCAAAGGUCCUGAGUUCAAUUCCCAGUAACCACAUGGUCACGCACAACUAUGUAUAAUGUGAUCUGGUGCCCUCUCCUGGUAUGCGGGUGUACAUGCAGAUAAGAGCAUUAACAUACACAAAAUAGAUCUAUGAAGAAGUGAUGAGAAAUAAAGCUGCUAUUGAAGUAGCCAAAUCUAACAGUAGAUCUUUGUUCCCACAGCCAUACCCUGCCUGCUGAGGUUUUUCCUUUAUUACAAUUCAUUCACUUUGUAUCCCAGUGUAGGCCCCCCCCAUCUGACCCUAACCUAUCAGGUCUCAUCAGGAGUGGCUGUACGGUCUUCCUCUUUAGCUUGCACGCAUAUAUGCACUUUCCUGUUUCCAGAUACCAGGAAAGGUAUCAGAUCCCUGUAGGGUGGGGCUACAGGCGAGCAAACAUGGGUGCUGGAAACUGAACCUGUGUUUUUUUUAGUAGCCAAUGCCCAUAACCACAGAGCCAUCUCUCCAACUCUGACAGGUUGUUUUGUUCUAGACAGUUUCUGUGUUGACCAGGCUAGCUUCCACCCGCCUUUGCCUCCUAAAUGCUGGGAUUAAAAGCAUGUGAUACCAUGGCAGGCUCUAACUCUUAACAAAGAAUCUUCUACUCCCUUUGAGAAGUGUAGUGACCCCCAUUACCGUUGGCUAGAGUUGUUAGCCACACAGAAAAGCUGAGUCACUUCUUACAAGAAAAAAACCUUAAAGCUGUUUUGCUAGCAUGUAUGCACAGAUGUACACCUUGUACUACCUUUGGAGGUCAAAAAAGUACACUAGAUCUCCUGGAACUGGGAUUUAGAAUUGUGAGCCUUCACAUGGGUGCUGGAAAUAAAAGCUAAUUCCUCUGCGAGAGCAACAAGCCUUAACCACUCAGGCUUUUCUUCUAAGUCCCAUGAAUUCACUCCAGAAAAACUACUGAUAAAAGUAUAUUAAGUUAUAAAUCUCCAUGUUAGCCUUGGAAAAUGCAGCAGGCAAUCGAGGUAACAAAGAACUUGAAACAACUUACUUGAACAGAUUUAGGCUUUUGCUUGCUAGACUUUGAGUGUUGCUAUGUAGACCAUGCAGGCCUCAGACUAGCAGCAGUCAUCUUGCAUCAGAGAGCUGGGAUUUCAGCUGUCUACUACCAUGUUCAGUUAGUUGCCAACUCCAGGAACCACUAUUUUUCAGUUUUUGUGUGACAAAGUCUCAUUACAUAGCCCAAGAUAGCUUCAAACAUUAUCUCAGGAUGACUGCCAAUUUCUGAUCCUCCUGCCCCAACUGUACUCUGCAGGAGCUACAGAAUGUUCCGCCUUUCCUAUUCAACAGUGUGUUCUCAUAAGCUAGGCUCAGGACACGUUCCUCCUUCACAAACUUACCUUGCUGAAUCCAAUUAAAGUUCUUAGUCCAAUGUUUUCUCGUGGCCACACUUCGGGUGUGUGUAGGGAUCAUAUGAAAAUCAUUAGUUCAGUGAUGGUAAAUGCACUGAGAUUCUCCAAGACAUGGAGGGGGACUUAGUACUUGCCUAGCACACAACGGUCCUACGCUUGACUUCUGAUACUGAGGAAAAUCUCUAACUCAAUUGAAUACAUUUUACAUAUUCAAUAAACCUUUCACUACAUCUUUUAAA